AUGAUACAUCAUGUAGUUCGAGUCGUUGGUUUCUUGGUGUCCAUUAGUGGAAUACUGAUCAAUGUGGUUUCUAUCAUUGUUUUGAGCAAAAGUAUGGCACGGUCCGUUGAUCCGGGUCGAAAAGUUUUGUCAAUCAUUGUUCUGCAAUGCAUCCUUGAUGUUCUGGGCUGUUUUGCUUACAUGCUCAACAUGUCUGAAUUCGAUACCUCACCAAACUGGUUUAUUGAUGAAGUGAUUAGAACGCGAGUGGCCUUUUGGUUUUUUGUUCAUUGUCGUGCAUAUCUGAAUGCCUACAAUUCUAUGUGGCAACUAACCCGAAUGAUAUAUCCAUUUUGGAGUACUCCACUAAGUUCACCGUGGGGUUGCACAGCCUUGGGCUUGUUUGUGAUUGGGUUGAAUAUACUUCAAUGUUUCGCGUUCACUCGAUUUCGAUGGUUCUAUUCAUCUGACAGCACAACACUGCGUCUGUUGGAAGAACGUGCUCAUGGGCAUUUGGCUGGGUUGUAUGGACUAUCGAUGAUUGUGUCCACAGUAUUUCGGUACGCUUAUCCACUCAUGAUUAUGUGUUGCGCAUUCAAUUAUAUGCUGGAUGUUUUGCGUUCUCCAUCGGAGCCUGCAUGUCACACCUUGCGAAGUGAACUGCAUAAAACCGCAUUCCUAGAUGGCAUUCUUUAUGGAAUCCUGCUGUUACCACACGAAGCCUGGUUCUAUCUGUUCGUGUUUGCCAAUCCAUACGAAUUAAUCAAUCCCGGUAUGGCCGGAGAUGUUGUGUCAAUGAUCGCCUGCAGUUAUAUGACCGUGUGUCCGUUGAUGAGCUUGAUUCUGCGACAGGCGAAUUACAACCCUUUGAUGGAAGCAGUUAUUCCUCCGGUGAACUAUGAGAUAUUGGGCAAACUAAUUCCAAAAUGGAAAAUAGCCCGUAUUCAUCACGCGGAAUAA